AUGUCUUCCCGGAAGAUCACAAUCAAACAUCUAUCAGACCUCACCCCACCUUCUCAAGAACGAACUUGGCUCACAACCCCCCAUCCAACCCUCCCAAUAGUCGCAACUUGCAGCUCGGACAAGACCAUCCGCCUCUACUCCCUCACAAACUUCACACUCCUUUCGACCAUCACUGGCGGACACAAACGGUCCGUACGCACAGCAGCAUGGAAACCGCACAUGUCAGGCGAGUCUGUGCUCGCGACCGGCAGUUUUGAUGCAACAGUUGGCAUCUGGCGGAGGUGGGAUAGUUACGGGCGGGAAGAUGGAACUGGGUGGGGGACGGGUGGGAGCAAAGAGACCACAGCAUCCGCAGCAGUAACUCUCAAGCCAACUGAUGUGGACACUGUCUCAGACCGCGAAGAAGACGAGGAGGAAUGGCGAUUUGCCGUACUACUGGACGGACAUGACAGCGAAGUCAAGUCUGUAUCAUGGUCAGCAUCUGGCAUGCUACUUGCGACGUGCUCACGCGACAAGUCGAUUUGGAUCUGGGAAGAUCUCGACGAUGGUGAUAACAACUUUGAGACCGUGGCUGUAAUGCAGGAGCACGGCGGCGAUGUGAAGUGUGUUACAUGGCACCCUACAGAGGAGUGUUUAGCUAGCGGGAGCUACGACGACACGAUCCGACUUUGGCGGGAGGAUCUGGAUGAUUGGGGGCAAGUUGCUUGCAUUAAGGGGCAUGGAGGCACGGUGUGGUUUUUGGAUUGGGAGGGGGAGAAUAAUGUGCCUCGUGGUCCUUCCUCACCUGAAGCCGAGUCCGAAUUGAGCGCUUUGGAAGCUCAAUGGCGCACCCAAACAGCUCUCUCGGGACCGCGAUUGAUCUCCUGCUCAGACGACCGCACCGUGCGUGUGUGGCAGCGCCAACCGAAGGAAGCACAGCAACAAACGGCGCUAUCGUCGGCUACGACAGGAAUACCGAGCAUCAUCCGACCUAUGGGGACGGAUGAAGUGUGGGAGGAGAACGCCGUGCUCCCACUUGCACAUGAGCUACCUGUUUAUGCUGUCGCGUGGAGUAAGCGGAGUGGGCUUGUUGCUUCGACUGGUGCUGAUGGGCGCAUUGCGAUCUACGAGGAGCGGAUUAUUGCCCAAAAGCAGGACCAGGAGCAAGAUAAUGCUGAUCCGGAUGCUAUGGAUACGACAUCUGCUGAUGAACUAACGGCAUUGCGAACGGAAUGGGUGCUUGUUGCUGUUCAGGAUGGCGCGCAUGACAUCUACGAGAUUAAUCAUGUCGCUUGGGCGAAAAGGGCAGAUCGUGGGUCUGGGACUGAGGAAGAGGUGCUCAUUUCGACGGCCGAUGAUGGCAGUGUCAAAGUUUGGACUGUGACAGAGUGA